AUGUCUAUGAACUUCGAUGACUGUGCCGUUACCCGCGAGGGAUUCCCCCGCCCAUUCCCUAACACACCAUCCAAUGUUCUGGACCAAUUGCGUAUGAACGGAAAGGUGGUCAUUGUCACUGGUGCAGCGGAUGGGAUUGGUCUGGCCGUCGCGGAAGCCAUUGCCGAAGCUGGUGGCAAUGUGGCUUUCUGGUAUAAUUCAAAUGAUGCUGCGGUGCAACAUUCUAAGGACUUAGCUGUGACUCACAAUGUGAAGACAUCUGCCUACAAAGUUGACGUCUCUGUUUCCACCCAAGUGCAAGAAACCAUCGCAAAGGUUGUUCAAGACUUUGGCAAGAUCGAUGUUUUCAUCGCCAAUGCCGGAAUGGCCAUCUCUAAGCCUAUCCUGGAACAAACUCUUGACGAGUACCGCAAGCAAAUGUCUGUGAAUGUCGAUGGUAUCGUAUACUGCUCAAAGUAUAUUGGUGAGGUCUUCCACCGACAGGGCUUUGGCAAUUUGAUUAUCACAUCCAGUAUGAGUGGACACAUUGUAAACGUACCAACCGAUCAGCCUGUUUAUAAUGCCACCAAGGCAUAUGUCACUCACUUUGGCAAGUCUCUUGCUCGCGAGUGGCGUGAAUUUGCUCGAGUGAAUAUCGUUUCGCCAGGUUUCUUCGACACCAAGAUGGGCGCUAGCCCCUUCGCUAUUAAUGAGGCUUACCGUAUGGCUGCUGUCGGACGACAGGGACACACUAAGGAGAUCAAGGGUUUAUACCUGUAUCUCGCCAGUGAUGCCUCCACUUACAUGACUGGCAGUGAUGUGCUCAUUGAUGGUGGUUAUGUCCUGCCUUGA